UACAGGCGUGCAGAUGGGGCGCAGGAAGUCAAAGAGAAAGCCGCCUCCUAAGAAGAAAAUGACGGGGAACCUGGACACCCAGUUCACCUGCCCGUUCUGUAACCACGAGAAAUCCUGCGAUGUCAAAAUGGAACGAACCCGCAACACAGGAAUUAUAUCGUGCAGCGUUUGCUUGGAGGAGUUCCAGACUCCGAUAACCUACCUGUCCGAGCCGGUGGACGUUUACAGUGACUGGAUCGAUGCCUGUGAAGCAGCCAAUCAGUAGUCAUGUCUUCCUGUGACUCACCUUCUCUCUAACCUCACGUUUCACCUCUGGUCCGGUGAAUCGGCUCCUGUUGAGCUCGCACCAAGUAGAAAAAAAAACCCCACCCUCCCUCCCUGUCAGUGUACGACACGCUCCUCUGGCUGGGCCGGAGAGUUGCCGGCGUUGUUUUGAUAGUAACGUGUCUGCGUCCGUUUACAGGUUCAUUUCUCAUUUCAGUGAUGCUUUCUUUUUUUACGUAGGAUGAAGAUGCUCUGACAUUUCAUUCUAUAUAAACUGAUAUUUCCACAUCCUUUUUUUUUUAGUAUUUGUGUUAUAAAUAAAGAAUCAUUUUUUUCUUUAGGUUGUACGCAGAAUAUUAUUACAUACAAGUGUUACUGUUGAGGAAGUAGUGUUUCAUUUCAACCGUUACUGAUGCACUGAAUCAUUAUGUUGGUUGCUCAUUUCCUUUUUUUUAGACUAUUGUGUAUUUGUACUGCUAGAUUUGUAUUUUCCUUUUUGAAAAAUCACAAACCUGUUUUGUCUUUUACACUCGUUGUGUGUUUCACGUGUACUGUGUAAUUUGAUGUUACGACAAUGAUGAGAAGAUUUACCAGAAAAACAUAUUUUUCAAGUGUUUUUAUUGCACAAAUGUGGCAUAUAAAAGAAAAAACAAGAGGCUAGCUUAGCAGAUUAGUGUAGUUUGAACAAAUGUUGAAACACAUGAGGAUGAAACCGUUUCUGCCAUUCUGAACAUCACGGGGUGACUACAUUCUCACAUUUGAUUGAUUUAAAAAGAAGUUUGGUCGUUUGAUGGAUUAAAAAAAUACAGAAAUGUAAAUAUGUUCAUGUAUGUGUGCUUUUCCUCCCACUAGAUGGCGCUCUGCUACAUGUCCAAAAUCAUAGCUUUGGUGUUUUACACAACGAGCAUCAGGAGCUCAGAUGCUUUGGUCCAUUUGACCUCUGAUGCUAAAACUUAACGAAGACACACAGAGGUUUUGAUGUGUAACAGCAUCCGAGCCUCGUGUGCUUCCAGCGCCACACGUCUCUGCUCUGUGAUGUGGUGAAAACGAACAUCACGGCGACUUCUGACCUCACGACCACGUUACAUUCAAGACACUCGGUGGGUUUACAGCAUGAUGACAUUUCAAAAAGGAGAAUCUCAUCUGUAUUUGGCAAAACUCACAACCACAAUCAUCAGCAAGGACCUGGCUCUGUUUAUAUUGCUGUUUGCUACCAGUACUAGUGAAAAUACUCCUUUUGCACUUUUAAAUGUACCUACUACCUGUUACACUACGCUGUUG